AUGCUUCGCAUCUACACUGAUGGCAGUUCUCUGGGCAACGGUAUAAAUGGUGCUCUCGCAGGGGUGGGCGUAUACUUUGGGAGUGGCGAUUCAAGGAACAUAUCUGAGGCUCUAGUUGGGCCGCGCCAGACAAACCAACGCGCUGAGCUCACUGCGAUUCUCCGAGCACUGGAGAUUGCGCCAAAACAUCGUGAUGUUACCAUCUUUACUGAUAGCAGAUACUCUAUUGAUUGCGUUACCGUGUGGUACAUCAACUGGCGAAGGAAUAAUUGGCAAACAUCCCAGAAAAAGCCGGUAGAGAAUCGAGAUCUAAUCGAGGCCAUUCUUUCGAACAUCGAGGAGCGCAAUGCAUUGAAGGUGCAGACGCUUUUCCAUUGGCUUAAAGGUCAUGCGGAUCACGAAGGAAACAUUGAAGCGGAUAAGCUUGCUGUCAAUGGUGCCCGAAAGGCGAGGUAG